ACACAUGUGGCUUUGCAGGGACCUCUGGGUCAAUCCUUGCCUGGGCCUCAGCGAAACCAUCGCCCGACAGCUCCAGCGUGAGCUGCCGAAGGAACAGCAGUGCUCCGAUUGGUCCUUGCGGCCCUUGACACCGGAGCAGCGACGCUAUGCAGCCUUGGAUGCGCAUGCGCUGCUGCUGCUCUUGGCCGCGCAGCUGGACGAAAGGUCGAUGUCCACGAAGGACUUGGCGCACUGCUUUCUCGGCCAUGCUGAGCAGCUGAAAGCGUUGGCGCAGCCUUGUUUUGUGCCCUUCGGCCCAGAACACGUGGACGAGGCGAUCGCCCAGUUGAAGUUGCCCAUCCGCGAGGCAACUCCCGGUAGCAGCUGCGCUAUCCAUUGCAAGACCUUGGGCAUCGUCGGUGCUCUUCCGGGACACUUUGGGCAGACGCAGCGUGCAGUGGUGGUACUGGGUGCCCAGCGCCAAUCGGGGAUGUGGCUGGAGGCUCCAAAAGCACCAGCUGCGCGAGCUACGUUGGGAGCCUCCUGUCUCCCCAUGUUGUGGAUGGUGUCAGGACUGGAAGUGCAGCUCUCCUUGUCCAAAGCUGCGAAGGCCUUGGGUUGGCCCCAAGCACGUUUAGCCAAGCGACGUGACUUGCCCAAGCUCUUUGGCUUCGAGGCGGGUGGCACUGAGGUCCAUUUGGUAUUCGCACUCGCUGCCCGCUGCUUUUGGACGAGGCAUUGACUACCGAGGAGUUGCUCAUUGGAGGCGGUUUACCUGGCCGAGACCUGUUGGUUCCACAGGCA